GCUAUUUUCAAUCCGAGCCUGGUUGGAGUCCCAGAUAUGGCGGCAUUUGGAGUGAAGAUGCAAAACAAGGAGACACUCGAGUACUUUGGUGCGACAACCUUCCUGCUCCGAAUCGCAGGUCUUACGAUCUUUCAUGAUACAUGGCUUAGCCGACCUUCAUUGCUACCUCAAUUCCUUAACAUUCAUGAUGUAACGGAAGCAGAUUACAUCCUAAUCUCUCACGCCCAUUUUGACCACCUUCCAGGUGCUGACGUAGUUGCUAAACGCACCGGCGCAAUAAUCAUAGCAAACUGUGAAGCCAUCAACCGUCUUCGUGAUGCUGGAGUCCCAGACAGCCAACUCCUGCCAGUCUCUGGUGGUGAGCGUAUCCCCCUUUUCACGCGAGAGGUCCGUCAUGCGGUGCAUAGUCGUACCAUCCCCCUCCGCCAAGGAGGACCGCCCACUGCACCCCCUGAGCCACACCACUCACUUGCGGUAGCAGAAGUGCAUAUCUGGCCAAGUCUACACUGUCUCCUCCCAGGCAGUCACGACACACUCCCGGAUGUUCUGGAUACCGGUGUUUCGUACGAGGGGGAGGCGACACCCUUUGACGGGACACUGGACAUCACCCGGGGGAUGAAGUAUGGGCUGUUUAAGCUGAGGCAGCUGGUACCUGCUGAGGCCAUUACGGCCGAUGCUAAGCUACGAUGUUUCAUUGAGUGGCUUGAGAAUCGAGGGCCAGGUGGGAGCAAUGUCAUGUCCGCUUGUGAUGGAGGCCAACUUAUGUAUCAUGUUCAAAAAAGAGGAGAAGAUGCCAGUCGCGGCGCAGGAAUCUGGAGAGGAGGAGUUCUGUUUAAUGCGCACCUCGGUGCCUACGAGGGGAUCGUGAAGGCCAUACGACCACAGCCGAGCCUUGUGGUGCAGGGUAUUGCGGGGAGAGCGAAUCUGAAUGGUAGGCCCUUCAACGGGUCCGCUGCGGGGUUUGCGGUGGAGUUGAUGAAAUGGCUGGGGGAGCCAGAAAAGGUGAUUUGGUGCCUACACGAUGAAUGUCUUAUUAAACCAUAUAUGGUUGAUACAACGGCUGCGAGCGCGGCAGUGAAGUCGGGGACGAAAUCGCAGGUGGUGGAUCUAUUGCCUGGGGCGCGCCAUAUACUAUCUUAGCAGUUGGCAGGUAAUUCACCUGAUACCCUAUGUUACCAUGAAGUAUUCCCAUCAGGCAGUAUUACGCACAACAACAAUUCAGACUUGCCUGUCCGAUCAACAUGUUUUACUCAAGAUCUUGAUGCUGCACU